AGAAGCUUCUUCGGAUUUUCAAGCUCGCUCAGGGCACUUCCAGCCAUGGAUGGGAUCGAGGUCAUGCGCAAGCGCAUGAAAACCACGGAGGGUAGUGAAGGGGAUGGAGGGGUGGAAGUGAGCGGGGAGGAAGCAGGUAUUGGAACAGGAUCGCCAGAGAUGGAGGCCAACAUCCAGCGCAUCCUGGACAAAAUUGAAGGCUUCACGAACCGGGUUUCUGAGCUGUUGGAAGCUGGCAAGGCACUCUUCAGGGACCUCACCACUGAUUUCGAGGAUAGAUUGAUUGCGAUUCACAGGGAGCAGAUUGAGAAGUGGCAGGAAGAGAUCAAGCAGCUUCGCAUGAUUGAUGCGUCCAAUGAAGCCACCCGGGCCCGUCUGCAGAACGCCCAGCUUCAUAUUCUUCAGAGUGUCCAUGAGGACUAAGCUUACUGUGAGACUUCCCUUUUCUACUUUUGCUGCUAUACUUGCUCUCUUGUCACUGCCAUCUAGCAGACAAUAUAUCAUCUCUGCUAGCUUUUACUCUUCUCAUGCUUGUUCUCAUUAAGUAGUAGUAAAGAAAC